AUGCCAGGAUUUGAAAGCAACAAUCAGAGAGUCGAUGAAAGAGUCUCCAGGAGUCAAUGGAGACUAAAAGUGCGUAAAGUGGAAUCGUGGAUUGAUAAUUAUCAAACCCUUCACAAUUCGUGCACUAUUGGGAACACGUCAACUACUUCAAAGCAUAAAUCUAGGAAACUAGAGGUUGCUUUACCAUUGGGUACAGGGGAAGGCUCUAUCCUGGAUCAAUCUGAUGGAGACGGAGAUGAUGCGUACACGUUAUGUGAAUAUCAUCGAGCAAUUACUGGGAUUCAAUGGAUUUCUAGUAAGGUGGAGCCAUUUGCAAAGGGAAUUUUCCAAGAUAUAAUUGAAUUGAUAGCUGGUCAUAUUGGUGAUGAAAAGAAGUUUUCUCAAGAGAUUGCUUUUAAAAUAGGGAUCUAUGGAAUUGUUGUUGAUGAGAAACAUAAACCAUUGUUGAAGAAAUAUUAUAGGGAUUAUGAUUUAGGUAGGAUUUUAUGGAGAGUUUUAAAAGAUCGUGACCUUCUAAAGAAACUUCUCCCAUUCUUAACACAAUGGUGUACUGAAAGUGUUGGGUUUGUUAUUUUAAAACCCUUUUUAAGAGCAGCAGAGAUGGAAUAUUAUAAAACCAUUAAGGAUUCUGGUGAUGUUUACGAUUUGAUUGUUAAAAAUUAUGAAAGAGACGUUUUAGAUGCAAUUGUCCCAGUUGUUAUGAAUCAUGAAAAACUAAGUGAAUUGGAUGCAGAGUUUUUGGAAGUUGAACUUAUCAAUUGUAAAUAUCAGUUUGAACAACAUUUUUAUUUGAAAAUUAUAUUAAGGAUUUCAGAAUAUGAAAUUACAAAACCAAUUAAACAUUUAAAGAAAUUAACGCAUGAUGAUCAAUACAGAUUGAAACAAAUUACAUUGAUGAAUGCCAUGGCAAAAUACUUGAGUUAUAGAGAUUGGAAUGAGCGAGGUUUCCAACAACAAGUUGAAGAGAAUUUUUUCCAACAAUUGUUUAAAAUUUGCGAAUCGAUGCCUAAUGUUUGUUCAAUUCUCAAGAUAUUUUAUGCAUUUGUUAUGAAUGAUACAUCAUAUAUUCAUCAACAAAGUGAGGAUGAAGAAGAUUGGGAUUUGAUGAAACGUUGUGUUGUUAAAAUAGAUGAUUUUAAGGUAUUACCAAAAUUUGUUGAAUUUAUAUCAAAAAUUCAACUAGAUUUACCACCUGGAGUCAUACCAAAGCCAAGACCAGAAUGGGAACGUCAAUUCAUCAGCAGAACGAGCUUUUUCGGUAUCAGAGCAUCACCUCAUGAAUUGAAAUUAUAA